CGUGGUUGUCAUAAAAUCGUGAUCGAUUAGUCACGUCUUUACGCAGUUUCAAUGGACGCCUUUGACUUGUUUAGAAAGAUUGGAUCUGGAGCAAAGUUUGAUUUGAAACGGUUUGCUAAAGAUGCAGAGCGAUUUAAGGUAGGGAAGUCUCAAAACAAGGACAGCUCAAAUCAGCUGACUGGAAUCAGCUUUUUUGGCAAAGAGACACAAGAGAACACAUCUCUGGAGUCCAGAUUAAGUGAAGAUGAUGUUGAAGAUGAGAACGAGGAGAGUGAUGAAGAGCAGGCUUCUGGUAAACGGAAACGGACUAAAGUGGAUGAGCCAGUGAAGACAGCCCAUAAGAAAAAGAAAGGAGCUAAGAAACAAGACGAAGAUGCAGAGGUUGAGAAGAGCGAGGAAGAGGGGAUCCAGUGGAUGUCAUCCCAAGACAAAGUGCAAGACCCCAAUAAGGAAUCUAAAGACAAGUCCUCCUUGAAAAGACUAAAGCAGCUUUAUAAGGAGAAGGUGAAUCAAAUACGGCAUCAAAACCGGAUUAACGUGCAUGGGACAGACAUUCCAGAUCCUGUUUCCACUUUUGAAGAACUGCAGAAGGAGUAUGAUCUGGACCCUCGAAUCAUUCAAAACAUCAAGGCAGCGGGUUUCAAAACCCCUACACCCAUACAGAUGCAGGCCAUUCCUCUCAUGAUGCAUAAAAGAGAGAUACUGGCAUCUGCUCCGACAGGCUCUGGUAAGACUAUGGCCUUCUGUCUGCCCCUUCUGGCUCAUCUUCGCCAGCCCCUCAACAAGGGUUUCAGAGCCAUCAUCAUCUCCCCAACCAGAGAGCUCGCCACUCAGACUCACAGAGAGUUGCUCAAACUGUCAGAAGGAGUGGGCUUCAGAAUUCACAUGAUCAAUAAAGGAGUUGAAGCUGUGAAAAAAUAUGGGCCCAAGACAGCAAAGAAAUUUGAUAUAUUGGUGACGACUCCUAACAGAUUGAUAUAUUUACUAAAUCAAGAACCUCCUGCUAUCAGCUUAAGCAGUGUGGAGUGGCUGGUGGUGGAUGAAUCUGAUAAGCUCUUUGAGGAUGGUAAGAAGGGAUUCAGAGAGCAGCUUGCCACUAUCUUCUUGGCCUGCACUUCUCCUAAAAUCCACCGUGUUCUCUUCAGCGCAACCUUCGCCACAGAUGUAGAGGAGUGGUGCAAACUGAACCUAGACAACCUCGUCUGUGUCAACAUUGGACCCAGGAACUCUGCAGCUGAGACUGUGGAGCAGCAGCUUCUGUUUGUGGGUUCAGAAAAUGGAAAGCUACUUGCUAUGAGAAACCUUAUAAAGCAGGGAUUUCUACCGCCUGUGUUGGUGUUUGUUCAGUCUAUUGACCGUGCCCGAGAACUGUUCCAUGAGCUGGUGUAUGAGGGAAUAAACGUGGAUGUGAUCCAUGCGGAUCGCACACAACAGCAGAGGGACAAUGUUGUGAGCAGUUUCCGUUCGGGGAAGAUCUGGGUGCUGAUCUGCACUGCUCUCAUGGCCCGUGGUAUUGACUUCAAGGGCAUCAACCUGGUUAUCAACUACGACUUCCCUACGACUGCUGUGGAAUACAUCCACCGGAUUGGGCGAACUGGAAGAGCAGGACACAAAGGAAAGGCAGUAACUUUCUUCACAGAGGAUGACAAACCUCUCCUUCGCAGCAUUGCUACCGUCAUAAAGAAGGCUGGAUGUCCUGUCCCUGAGUACAUGAUUGGGUUAAAGAAAAUCAAAAGCAAAGUGAAACGUCAGCUUGCAACAAAACCACCCAGACGGUCAACAAUUCGCACGACUCCACGCAUUCUCUUUGAGAAAAAGCCUGGCAAGAGAAAAAGGAGAAAAAGAAAAGCUGCAGAAAAGGAAGCAGAAGCAAAAGGCAAACCAUCAGAAGUCAUUUCUAACAGCUGAUGUGGCACAUUGAGAGUGUUGUACAGGCUGCUAUUUUUUUCUAUCUACAUUUUUGUCUCUAAUAAAGUGAAUGUUGACCAGUCUCUGUGAAGAUCUUAUGGAAGUCAAUAUAUGGAUCAGAGCUUGUCAGUGCUGUUCCAUUUUACAUUACAUAAAACAUUACCAUCAAAAACGGAAAUAGGGUCUUUUUAAUGAUUUGUUUUUAUCAAAUGCAGUGGGAUUUGUGUCUGUGAUUUUUGGAUAGCUGUAAAAAGGAAACCAGCUGUUUCCACAGACCAGUUUCAUUUCAGAUUAAUAGUCACUCGGCCAUGUCAGGACUGCCUAAUGUUGCAUUACAAAAUAAAAGUCUCAUAUUCUACCUUUUCUGUCUGUGAUUUUGCACAGCUGUAAAAAGGAAACUCACCGUUUACACAGACCAUUUUACACAGACCAACACAGUACACUCACCAUACACAGGCAAUUCAGAUUAAUAGUACAUGACCCCCAGAGUGUCACUCCAAUGUCAGGACUGUCUGAUGUUGCAUUACAAAAUAAAA